AACAAUCCACCACCGCCACCUCGAAAGUGACCUCCGUAGCAUUCUUAUCUCUCCCCGCCCCAACCCUCCUUCACUCCAGCCCGAGGCUUGAGUGGAAAGCUAGGCCGCGGCCUUCGGGGUUGCUAUGGCAACCGCGCCACUCUCUUCGUGGAGGACUUCGCCUCACGCUGGCGCCGAAGGUUAAAGUGAAUUCGCUGUAUGUCUGCAAUAGAAGCUGGAUUUCCCAAGGACAUGUAUAAACAUGGGAUAUAUGGACAAUAUUCUCAUGAAGCGAGUGAUAACAGAUAUAUCUACCCUGUUGGAAAAGAGAAUUUUGCAGCAAUUGUCAUUCAGAGAGCCUGGAAAAGAUGGCUGGAUAUUGGAGUGUUUGAUUACUAUAAAGAACUAAUAGGAUUUAAGCAAUGUGGAGAACCUGCUCGUCUGAUGAAAUACAUUGAUCCCAAAGAGGCAGAAUACUUAGAUGCUGCAGCAGGUGUUCAUAUCCGAUUCAGACUAGGUGGGCUCAAGUUUCCUCCAAGUAUAUAUUACAAAAUAUAUACUCACAGACCUAUUGUGGAUGUGUGUGCCUAUAGUCCUAGAGACUAUGCAAAGCUUGCAGCCAAAACAAGACAAUCAAGAAAGUUCCAGGGGGACAGAGACAAGGAUUGUAGUGACUGGUACAAACGCAUUGAGUACAAUGGAUGGAGACUUCUUUCCCUCAGGUUCUGGAAGACCAUGGACUCUGUGACUCUUAACGACAAUAAAAUACGAAAGGAAUUCCAGUACAGCAAGUUGUUGAGGAAACAAGACGUAGAAAAAAGAAGAAAAAGGAGAAAAAUAGAAUGGCUGAAACAAAUGUAUUAUGGACAAAGCCUUCAAGUUAAAACUCAAAACCCAGCUGCAACUAUCUUAAUUCAAAGAGCAGCAGAAGGGUUAAUCAGCAGUCUAGACCAUGGAAUGGAUAAAGUGUUGGAAUGGGAAGUGGAUGAAAUGCUAAAAUGGACAAAUGCACUCAACUAUGAGAACUAUGUCAAAGAAUGGACGGCUAUUGGAACAAGCAAGGCUUCUGAUGGAUACCGAGGCUUCCAGUUUUCUGAACAACAUUGUGAUCUUUAUGAAUUAUCUCAGAUACCAGAGACAGUCCAGGAACUAGUGAAGUCUCGUGGGGAAAAACCAGCAAUCACCCUGAAUCGCUGAAGAAAAAUUACAGUGGAGUAACACACACACACAUAUCCCUUGCAAAUAGAAGUCUCAGUUUUAGCAGGAUCAAAAUAAAGCACUGGGAAAGAAAAGUUAACAAGUUGACAAAGCCUUGGCUUAUUUUCCCUACCCCCACCCCAGUGCUGCAUUGUAAAUGAGUAAGCAUU